AUGAAGAGCCUUCAGGUCCUGGGAUGGCUUCACGGCCUCUGGCCGGCCGUGGAAGCCGCCGUGUUUCAGGUCGCCAACGCCUCGUACGCCGCGAGCCAGCUGCAGCCCAAGCUACACGCGCGAGACAAAGACCCGUCCGACUUCAGCUGGGUCAAGCGCUGGGCCGCGGUGGGCGACAGCUUCACGGCAGGCAUCGGCUCGGGAUCGCCGCUGGGAAGCUUCCUGACGGACGAGCCGGGCAACACAAACUGGUACUGCGCCCGCUACGACACGGCGUACCCCAUGAUCAUCAACGAGGCGCUGGGAGGGUGCGUCGAAAACUUCCAGUUCGUGGCCUGCAGCGGCGACCGCACAGGCAACAUCUACAAGCAGAUCCAGGAGCUGGACGGCAAGCUGCACCUGGUGGUCAUGACGGCGGGCGGAAACGACCUCUGUCUUGCCUGCAACGACGUCAUCUCCAUUGCCGAAAAAAACCUGGACAACAUCCUACCGGGCAACCUAAAACAGCUGCUGGACGCUCUCAACGAUAAGAUGAACGACAACAGCAUUGUCGUGUUCAACGGAUACGCGCAGUUUUUCAACACGGAGAACGAGGAUUGUGCGACGAAGCAAGACUGGACCCUGUUCAACCUCCUCGCCCAGUCGGGGCUCAAGCUCACGGUGGAGCGGCGCAAGAAGUUCAACAGCCUGGUCGUGAAGAUCAACUCGGUCAUCAAGAAGGUCGUCGACGAUGCGAAGAAGAACAAGAAGUACAAGUACAAGAUCGGCUUCUCGGACUGGGACUCGUGGCCGAGCCAGGGGGUGGCGGGGCAGUUCUGCGACCCGUCGUCGACGGGGGAGUACCCGGACCCGAAGCAGCCGGACCUGCAGUUCUUCAAGCCGGACACGCGGAUCGGGGCCAACGGCGAGCUCAAAAAGCGGCGGCGCGAGGCGCUGUACGCGACGUACGACAACGAGACGAUCUGGCAGCACGAGCUGACCGAGGCGGAGCGGCGGCGCCGGUCGCUCGACGAGAUCUACAAGUCGCUGCUCUACCACUCGGUCAACCCGCAGGCCGAGGCGCGCCACAUGCUCGACCGGCGCAACCCGCUGCCGCCCAAGUGCCCCGGCGACACGGACGCGGAGAUCCAGCCGCCCAGCAUCGGGCUGCCCAACGACAUCGCCAAGAACUUCCACCCGAACGAGCUGGGCCACUACACGAUCGCGUCGUGGGCGCUGCAGACCAUGAUCGACCUGCGCGCCGAGGUGCUCGGCGUCAAGCCGCCCGAGUGCGUGCCGGUGGACAAGUUCACGUGCUGGCAGGAGACGGGGUCGCAGAAGUACUCGAACGAGCCGUUCCUCAACGCGCAGAAGGACGACUUCUGCGACGGCGUCGAGGAGGGCGACCGGGUCAACGGCUGGUCGUACGCGCAGUCGUACGGCGAGGGCACGCCGGACGAGACCGAGUUCAAGGUGACGCUGGGCAAGUCGGGCGCGGGCUCGGACGCGUUCAGCAAGGCGGAGUGCAAGGACAGCAUCGACCGCAUCAUCAACGGCUGCGACGGCAACGACCCCGAGAACCCGAUGGACUGGAAGUUCGGCGGCGAGUGGCAGCGCGGCCGCUUCACGUACCAGGUCAACCCGUCGCGCACGAACCGGCCGUGGCCGGUGCCGACCGCGCCGUCCGGCAGCUGCAAAGGCUGGUGGCACGGCGUGUGGAGCAGCUACGUGAUACGCGGCAAGGGCUGGGCCACCAACGACUUUGGCCGCAAGGCGCUCGAGCCGUCCGCCCGCAGCUGCAUCGGCGGCGGCCUGACGCUGUGGCGGUUCAAGUACUUUGACGAGCCGGACGACGACGGCAACGAGUGGCAGGCCGACUUCAACACGCCCAUCUGGGUGCGCGCGCGGUGCUUCAAGAAUAACAAGGUCCAGUUUGAGGCCGGCGGUUUUACCGAUGGCUGCGGCGGCAACGAUUAA